AUUGUUCGAUUUGAAUAACUGAAUCAUGAACACCUACGAGUGGUUCAUGUGCUCUUCAACUUUUUUCUACCAAAAGAAAAAUAUGCCAUAAACUGAAAAAUACAUUAUGUAUAAUAUAAAUACAGAGAGGGACACAGCCACUGAUUAUAAAUUGAAACGUUUGAGAAAUGCGGCAAAUAUGAACGUGGAUUCGCCCCCAAAUCUCCCCGCCUCCGCCUCCGCCUCCGCCUCCGCUCCCCGGCCUGGGGAUGCGGAUGAAGAGGCCCCACCUAAGCCUGCGCCGCCGCCGCCACCGCCGCCGCCGCUGCUUGCCUUUGAACCACCGCAGCCAUCAUCGUCUCCCCUGCACCAGCACCCGCACCAGCACCAGCACCACCACGUCAUGAUUUCCCCCAGGGAUCCCGACGCCCUCUUCAGCGGUGGCGGUAUCAGCUUUCUCACGGGAAGCCAAAAUGCAAGGUUCAGUUAUGGCUAUUCCAGUUUCAAGGGCAAAAGGGCGUCAAUGGAAGAUUUCUAUGAAACAAGGAUAUCGGAAGUUGAUGGUCAGAUGGUUGCCUUUUUUGGAGUUUUUGAUGGUCAUGGAGGUUCCAGAACUGCAGAAUACCUUAAGAACAACCUUUUCAAAAAUUUAAGUAGCCACCCAGAAUUUAUCAAAGACACAAAAUCAGCUAUUGUUGAAGUCUUUAGACAGACAGAUGCUGAUUACCUCAAUGAAGAAAUAGGACAGCAAAAAGAUGCUGGGUCAACUGCAUCAACUGCCAUGCUUCUAGGGGACCGUCUGGUUGUUGCAAAUGUGGGGGAUUCAAGAGUAGUUGCUUCUAGAUCUGGUUCAGCUAUCCCGUUGUCUAUCGAUCACAAACCUGAUAGAUCUGAUGAACGCCAGAGGAUUGAACAGGCUGGAGGUUUCAUCAUUUGGGCAGGAACAUGGCGAGUUGGUGGUGUUCUUGCUGUUUCUCGUGCAUUCGGAGACAAAUUACUUAAGCCAUAUGUUGUUGCUGAGCCAGAAAUUCAGGAAGAAGAAAUUAGUGGUGUAGAUUUUAUAAUUAUUGCAAGUGAUGGACUUUGGAAUGUCAUAUCAAACAAGGAUGCUGUGGCUUUAGUGCAGAACGUAUCAGAUGCAGAAGCUGCAUCAAGAAAACUUAUAUCAGAAGCCUAUGCACGAGGGAGCUCCGACAACAUUACUUGUGUCGUUGUUCGGUUUGAGAAUUCUUGAGCAUUUAAGUUGUAGGUGCUAAAAGUAGUCUGAAAAUUCGCACCGCAAUGGGGAAAAGCUUUCACCCCUUCGCUCAUUCCCACUCAAUACAGGUAGUCGUUCUGUCAGGCAGUAUUUGACAUGGUCAUGGCCAGAGCCUUGUUCUGAUUCAGCUGUUGAUCUGUGCAUCAAUUUGUAAUUUUAUUUUAUUUUAUUCUAUUUUUUAAAGUUUUCUUCUUAGUUAAUAUCUACAUGCCCAUAUAACUGUAUCUCGGGCAUUCAUGUGUUCUACCUUCCCAAUUGGUCUGCAAGCACAGGUUGGGUUAAUGAUAAAUUGUAGUCUUGUCCUAUUUUAUGGGUUCCCCAAUGGUUAGACUGUCUCAGAAGCAUUGGAAUAUUUAUUCAACCUGUUUAAUAUAUUGACUUCAUAUA